AUGCUGGUCUACGAGUUUCUACCAAAUGGAUCUCUGGAUAAAUGGAUAUUUGCCAACGAUACCCAUCAGAAUGUGCUCGACUUGAAGACUAGAACCAAAGUCGCUCUUCAUAUAGCACGGGGUUUGACCUACUUACAUGAGCAGUGUCAACAACGAAUUAUACAUUUGGACAUCAAACCCCAAAACAUUCUUCUGGAUGAAAAUUUCAAUGCCAAGGUCUCAGAUUUUGGGCUGGCAAAAUUGAUCGACAGAGACCAAAGUCAAGUGAUAUCAAUGACCCGAGGAACCCUAGGAUAUAUGGCACCUGAAUUAUUAAACAAACACGUUUCUGUGAAGGCCGAUGUAUUCAGCUUUGGCAUUAUGUUGGUAGAAAUUGUGAGUGGUAAGAAAAGCCGAGAGCUUUCAGAUGACUCCUUGUUUUCAGUUUUACGAAAUAAGGCCGAAGAAGGUAGAUUGUCAGAUUUUGUAGGUCCAGGACUCAAAGAUGAAGGCGUAGACGCAGAUGAGGAGGCAGUGAAAAUGUUGAGAUUGGGAAUGCUUUGUAUACAGGAUGAUUUGAUGAGCAGACCAACGAUGUCAACUGAAGUCAAGAAAUUGGAGGGGAUGAUAGAGUUGCACAGUGCCCCCUCUACGUCGUCCUCUCCUUCAGACAAUCCAUUUCCAUCCACGGCCAAACCUGAUCGUUUGGCGCUCUCAUAUGCCCCUCCAUCUUCUGUAUUGUCUGGAAGAUGA